AUGAACCCAUAUGAAACAAAUUUAUACAAAGUAACUCCCAUUCCUGGAAAAGGAAUGGGUAUGGUUGCGAAAAUUGACAUUCCUGCAGGUUCAAGGAUAUAUUCAGAAACGCCCUUAAUCCGAACCAAAAGUGAUGCAAAGGAGAUUGAAGAAGCGCUUUCGUCCAAAACAAAAGAGGAACAGGAGGCUUUUCAUAACUUGUUCAAUGCGCAUCCUGAAAGCAUGGGUCCUUUUUUGGGGCCCUUUUAUUCCAAUGCUCUAACGAUUGAUGAAAGCAAAGGUGGAAUGUUUCUCUUAGGUUCAAGGAUGAAUCAUGAUUGCAGUCCAAACGUGAAACAUACGUGGAAUUCAAUUCUGGAUCAGGUUACUGUUCACUCGGUUCGUGAUAUCCACUGUGGAGAAGAAAUUUUGACUACUUAUAUUGACUUACAUAAAAGUCGAAGUGAACGGAAAAAAGUUUUAUUGGGACAUUUUGGAUUUCCCUGUAGCUGUAGUGCAUGUUCAGUGAAGGACAAAAAGGAAGCGAAGAUAAGUGAUAUUCGAAGAAAGCAACUGGCAUACUAUGAUCGCACAAUGCCAAAAAUGUGUAUUAUGAAUCCUAGAGGUGCGCUUCGUGCCUUGCGACACAGAAUUUCACUUGCUAAUCAAGAACGUCUCUUUGGGCGAAUGGACGUUAUUUCAUAUUUUGACGCUUUUCGAACAUGUGUGGUGCAUGGUGAUUUUGAACGAGCUUCCAAUUUUGGAAAAAGAGGCAUUGAAGCUCUUGUGCUUUGUGAAGGUGCCGAUUCGUCUCGGUACGAGUCCAUUGCAAAAUAUGUAAAACAGCCGGAGCUACAUCCUUUGGCGGAAGGGGUACGCCCUAUGUCGUUGGUCCCCUUGGACGAUUUUCAAGAUCCAGAAGACUCAUUAUGGGGUUGUGAAAUGGAAGAGGAUGUAUAUAGUGAUAGUGACUAA